ACCCGGAAGCGGAAGCCAGCCUGCGGCGGGCGCGGGCGGGAGAAGGGAGGGGAGUAACUUCCGUUCGUCGGAAGUCGCUCCUCCCCCUCCCUUCACCUCCUUUCUUUGGGAUUGGUUCCUGGGACUCAGGCCCCGCCUCCUCCGGCCACGCCCCCUCGAGGCUGCUUUUCCCGCCUCCGCAGGGACAGAGCGGCGGUCCUGGUGACAGUUGAGCAUGGCCGGAGCGGAGGGGCAUGCUGGGCGGCAGUCGGAGCUGGAGCCCGUGGUAUCGUUGGUCGACGUGCUUGAGGAGGACGAGGAGCUAGAGAACGAGGCGUGCGCCGUGCUGGGCGGCAGCGACUCCGAGAAGUGCUCCUACUCGCAGGGCUCAGUAAAGAGACAAGCACUAUAUGCCUGUAGUACUUGCACUCCAGAGGGAGAAGAACCGGCAGGAAUUUGCCUAGCUUGCAGUUAUGAAUGCCAUGGAAGUCAUAAACUAUUUGAACUAUACACAAAAAGAAAUUUUCGUUGUGAUUGUGGAAACAGCAAGUUUAAAAAUUUGGAAUGCAAAUUAUUUCCUGACAAAGCAAAGACAAAUUCUGGCAAUAAGUACAAUGACAACUUUUUUGGAUUGUACUGCAUUUGCAAGAGACCUUAUCCUGAUCCUGAAGAUGAGAUUCCAGAUGAGAUGAUCCAGUGUAUAGUCUGUGAAGACUGGUUCCAUGGAAGGCAUCUUGGUGCCAUUCCCCCUGAGAGUGGGGACUUCCAGGAGAUGGUGUGCCAGGCUUGUAUGAAACGCUGCGCUUUCUUGUGGGCUUAUGCUGCGCAAUUGGCAGUAACCAAAGUAUCUGCUGAGGAUGAUGGGUUGGUGCUGAAUGUUGAUGGAAUUGGUGAUCAGGAAGUUAUCAAACCUGAAAAUGGAGAUCAUCUAGAUAGUACCCUCAAAGAGGAUGUUCCAGAACAUGGAAAGGAUGCUGUCAAAGAAGUUAAAGCAGAGCAGACUAAUGAACCAUGUACCAGCUCUAGUUCCGAAUCGGAUCUCCAGACGGUGUUUAAGAAUCAACACCUCAACACAGAGUCACAGCCUGGCUGCAGACUUCAGGAGCUUAAAGCUAAGCAGUUUGUAAAGAAAGACACUGCCACCUAUUGGCCCCUGAACUGGCGUAGCAAGUUAUGUACCUGCAAAGACUGUAUGAAAAUGUAUGGCGAUCUAGAUGUCCUGUUCCUGACAGAUGAAUAUGACACAGUUCUGGCUUAUGAAAACAAGGGCAAGGUCGACCAGGCGGCUGACAGGAGGGACCCUCUGAUGGACACCCUGAACAGCAUGAACAGAGUCCAGCAAGUGGAACUGAUUUGUGAAUAUAAUGACUUGAAGACUGAACUUAAAGACUAUCUCAAGAGAUUUGCUGAUGAAGGCACGGUUGUUAAGAGAGAGGACAUCCAGCAGUUCUUUGAGGAAUUUCAGUCAAAAAAGAGAAGAAGAGUGGAUGGGAUGCAGUAUUAUUGCAGCUAGAGUGGAGUGUGGUGCCUUCUCCUCCAGGCCAAUGAAAAUGCCGCUUACUGUUCCAGGAAUAAAAGAGGCAGAGUUCACAUUUGGUCCUCUUUCCGUCCUGUCCCUGGAGAGGCCUCCUCCUCUGGCCUUGAGCUUCCUUCACUCUCAACUACAGUAGCCACAACGUUUAUGCUGAUUUCACAACCAGCAUUCUUUCUGACUCAACUAAAUGCAACUCAUUCCACAGACUUCAGCUCCCCAUCCCCCAGUCUAUCCAGGGUUGUUUGCUUAUAAGUUUUAAGAUGUUUGAUUUGGUUUUGAGAAAGUAAACUAGUUUCUUUUCUAAUGA